UGCAGCAGUAAAGAACGCAAAUCAUCAGAAUGCACAGGCUACCAACGAUUCCCAAGUUUACCAAGUCCUGGGAAAUGUUUGAGUACAAUUUACUCUUUGUGCGCAGGCUGGUGGAUUUUGUCGGGUUGGAUUUCAUGAUUGAAAACUACAAGUUCAAUUGGAGGACCGGAUCGGCAGUGUUUUUUUGUGUAACGGUUACGAGUCUUUCGUUUUACAACAUGGCUUAUUUCUAUCCGGACAUGUACAGGAUUUGUGAAGUUUCGGUUCCUUUGACUCUAACGUUACAGAACGUCGUUAAACUAUACUAUGGAUACAACCAUCGUCAUUUUUACCUGGAGACAUACGAUCGCAUCCGGCAGCUGCAUUUAAAACAUCAAAACCACGAACGGAACCACGAGAAAUUGCUUCUGUUGAUAGAACGGAUUCAUGUGUUAACUAAACUUAUGACAAUUGUAUACUUUUGUGGCGGCUUGUCCUAUCUCUUUUAUCCAAUAUUUAUGCAAUUUUAUUAUCACGAGUGGGUUCUUGCUCUUGCCCUCAGAAUUCCUUUCGUUGAUCCGGAUUCGACUGUUGGUUACUCAAUUACCAGUCUGUUUCAUUUAACGUUGAUAAUCGUUGGAUGCACGGGAAUAUCGGCAGCUGAUAUUGUGAUCACCCUAAUGGUAGGCAGCCUAAUUGGAUUUGUUGAUGUGUUCACCAACGAAAUGCACGAAUUGGAUCAGAUGCUGGAUUCGAGCGAAAGGAAUGAAAAGCGAGUUCGCGAAAAAGUCAGAUCGAUAUGUCUUCAACAUCAACACUUAAUUGAAUAUGAAUCCGAUCUUGACGAAAGAUAUAUCGUCAUUUGCUUUGUCCAGAUUUUUACAUCAAUCGCAGCUAUCGUCAUUGCGCUUUUCCUCGUAUAUACGAUACAAUUCAUCCCGGGAUACGUGCUAGUGCUGGCAGGUUUUAUUCAACUUUUUCAACUAUGCGUACUCGGAACAAUAUUGACGGUGAAGAAUGAGCAGAUAACCGAAGCAACGUACAACCUUCGCUGGUACCUUUUGGAAAAAUCUGAGCAAAAGUGUAUUCUGCAGAUGCUGCAUAAAAGCCAACACUUUGUCGAGAUGUCCGUUGGAGGGUUUGCGCCACUUAAUCUCGAGACCUUUGUUGCGAUUAUGAAUCGAAUCUAUACAUAUUUUAUGAUGCUGAUACAAUUUAUAGAACAAGAAGAAUGAUCAUACUACACAAAAACAUACAGAAAUGUAAUAUGAAUCAAAA